AUGGCUGACGCAUCCAAAGAUGUGCCGUUCAAGACGGUCCAGGUCGAGGCCCUCGUCCUCAUGAAGAUCUCGAAGCACUGCUCGUCGUCAUUCCCCACCACCGCGACUGGAUCCCUCGUCGGUAUGGACAACAACGGAGUCCUCGAGGUCACCAACGCCUUCCCCUUCCCCAUCUUCGAAGUACCCGGAUCCGACUCGCACCAGAAUGAUGCCUCCUCGCUCGCGGCCAACGCCCCGCGCCAGAAGCCCAACAUCGCCUACCAGAACGACAUGAUCAGGUACAUGAAGGAGAUCAACAUCGACGCCAAUAACGUCGGAUGGUACACCAGCGCCGCCAUGGGCAACUUUGUCAACCUCACCUUCAUCGAGAACCAGUAUCACUACCAGAAGGAUAACGACCGCACUGUCGCUCUUGUGCAUGAUGUCAGCCGCAGUUCGCAGGGUGCUUUGAGCCUUCGCGCUUUCAAGUUGUCGCCUAGCUUCAUGACUGCGUACAAGGAGGGCAAGUUUACGACUGAAAGCCUCCAAAAGUCGAAACUCAACUUCAAGGACAUCAUCGUCGAGUUCCCCGUCAUCGUCCACAACUCCCAUCUCUUGACCUCGUUCCUCCACCAGAUCCCCCCCGCGCCCAUCCGGGAUCCCUCGGAACCCCCCGCGUCCCUCGACGAUCUCAGCGAGGACCCCGUCAACCCCCCCCUCUACCCCUCUCUCGACUCCCUCGACGUGUCGAUCGACCCGUUCCUAGAAAAGACGUGCGACCUCCUCCUCGACAGCAUCGAGUCUCACUACACCGACCUGAACAACUUCCAGUUCUACCAGCGACAGCUCGGCCGUGAGCAGGCUAAGAUUACGCAAUGGCAGGCCAAGCGCAAGGCGGAGAACGCGGCCCGCGUCGCGGCCAAGCAACAGCCCCUCCCCGAGGACGAGUGGCAGAGGCUGUUCAAGCUUCCUCAGGAGCCCAGCAGGCUCGAGGGCAUGCUCAACGCCAAGCAGGUCGAGCAGUACGCGAAGCAGGUUGAUGGCUUCACUGCUAAUGUCAGCGCCAAGAUGUUUGCUGUGAGGGAGAACUUGAUGCCGAAAUGA